AUGUGUAUUCUCCGAAGCCCGUCUACCAUCCUCAUUGCCAUUUCUCCCCAGCCACCACCUGCCUACCCUACAACAAGACCGGACGCCGCAUUCUUCCGCCCCGGCCAACACACGAGCUCCCCAAGCUCGCCAUCUACCGGAGACCAUUCUCCCACCAUCUCGAACAAACACUUAGCACCGCCAACCGUCCUUCCUCCAUCACAAUCCAUACAUCUCUCACAAACAGAACCCCUCGUCUCACCCCAAACCCAGUACCCAAAAAUGGCUUCAGACGCCAAGCCCGAAACCCAGCCCACCGACGAGAAGAAGCCAGAGCAGAAGACCACGGCGCUAGGCGAGGACGACGAAUUCGAGGACUUCCCAGUCGAUGAUUGGCCAGAGGACCAGACCGAGGCCGCCCAGGGAAACGGCGAGACAAAACACCUGUGGGAGGAAAGCUGGGACGAUGACGACAUGACGGAUGAUUUCUCCCUGCAGUUGAAGGAGGAACUCAAGAAAGUCGAAGCCUCGAAGCGGAGAUAG